AUGAUACUAUUCCCCGAGGUCCAGAGAGUGGCUCAAGAAGAGCUUGACAGAGUUGUUGGAAGUCAUCGACUUCCCACUUGGAAUGACUCUGCAGAAACACCUUACAUCAUGGCCGUGGUGAAAGAAUCGAUCAGAUGGAUGCCAACAACGAUCGGAGGCGGAGUGCCCCACGCAACUACUACCGAGGAUUUCUACAAAGGUUACAGAAUUCCUGCUGGUGCCGCAAUCGUAAACAAUGCAUGGUCGAUCAACAAUGACCGUACCAACCCAAGAGACUUUGAUCCUACACGCCAUCUUCCUGGGAAAUAUCCACCAGUAGGGCAACCAAAAGGCUCCGAUACAUCGGAGAGACCAUUCACCACCUUCGGAGCCGGUCGACGCAUGUGUCCUGGAAUCCACGUUGCUGAGCGAAGUUUGUUCACGGCCAUCUCGAGGUUACUCUGGGGGUUCAAAAUGUCACGUCCUGUUGAUAAAGACGGGAAGUUGGUGCCACUCGAUCCCGAUGCUUUGACACCUGGUUUUCUCGUCAUGCCUGUUCAAUAUGAUGCUGUAUUCGCGGUCCGGGCUGAAGAGCGAGGAUCUUUGAUUAGAAGGAAGUGGGCCGAGGCGUCCGAGAUGCUCGAUAGUGAGGGAAAUUAUACUGAAGCGUUCUUCGAGCAAACAUUUGCAACGCAAUCCUUGAAAUAG